GAAUAAACCAUCUAGCUGAACAAAUAAUCUUUGGAAGGCUGGGCAGUGUCUCUGUGUGUGUGAUCUGAUCCGAGCAGUAGUCGUUGCAGUUUUCUACCUUAGCCUGUUAGCUGUGUUGUUUUUUUUAACCCCAGAAGACGACGACGGUUAAAAAGAUCCGUAUCAGGGUCCUUUGAGAGAAUUGGUUUCCCCCCUCUUCCCUUUUCCUGUUUUUUUCUUUUGGUUUUUCUUUUAGUUCUUUUCAAGUUACCUUCUCUGUGCAUUGAUUUUUGUGCAGUGAGACGUGGCAUCACCAACACUGAACUGCAGCCAGUUGUGUUGAUGUUGUGUAAUCAGCCUGAACCUACUGACGGACACAAGCCUUGUGGAUUUAACGGAUCACAGGAGGAAACAUGAGCACAGCCAAAGGCAGUGGGAUCAAAGUGCCCAGCAAGAUAGCCAGGCCACCUGGAACGGGAGCCCCCAAGACCAACCCUAGCACAGGCACAAAAGCAUUAGCUGACAAGCCAGCUGCAAGUGCUGCUUCCGGAGAUUCUGAAAAUGCCGAGGAGAACUUCGAGGUUGGGGAGAGGGUCUGGGUGAAUGGGAAUAAACCAGGCUAUAUUCAGUUUUUGGGAGAGACACAGUUUGCCCCAGGACAGUGGGCAGGGAUUGUUCUCGACGAACCAAUUGGGAAGAAUGACGGUUCAGUGGCAGGGGUCAGAUACUUCCAAUGUGAAGCUCUUCGAGGUAUAUUCACACGUCCAUCCAAGUUGUCACGCACAGAAACAGAGGCUAAUGGGACUCAGACGGCACCCACUUUCAGAGCAGAAUCACCCGCACUAUCAGUUGGUCGCGUGGCCUCCGCGACUACCACCAAGUCAGCACUACCUACAACUACAACGAAGAAGCCCUCCACCACUACUGCUCCCACACCAGCUGCUUCAUCUUCCAACCUUGCACAUACAAACAGUGAAUCCAUCUCUAACCUGUCUGAGUCUGGAUCAGUUAAGAAGGGGGAAAGGGAGCUGAAGAUAGGCGAUCGUGUCCUGGUUGGUGGCACAAAGGCAGGAGUGAUACGCUUCCUUGGGGAAACAGAUUUUGCUAAAGGAGAAUGGUGUGGUGUAGAACUGGACGAACCUUUGGGAAAAAAUGAUGGUGCAGUGGCCGGCACAAGGUAUUUCCAGUGUCAACCAAAAUACGGCCUAUUUGCUCCAGUGCACAAAGUCACACGCAUUGGCUUCCCUUCUACCACACCAGCCAAAGCAAAAACAACAACUCGCAAAGUAGUAGCCACUCCAUCAGGGCUGAAGAGAAGUCCCAGUGCUUCCUCCAUCAGUACCAUGAGCUCUGUGGCCUCCUCUGUCAGUGCCAAGCCCAGCCGCACAGGCCUGCUUACAGAAACAUCAUCACGAUAUAAUCGGAAGAUUUCAGGCACCACGGCCCUGCAGGAGGCACUGAAAGAGAAGCAGCAGCAUAUUGAGCAACUGAUGGCUGAAAGGGACAUGGAGAGAGCUGAGGUUGCUAAAGCCACAAACCAUGUUGGAGAGAUGGAGCAAGAAAUAACUCUCCUCAGGGAUGAUCAGGAACAGAUGGAGACAAAGAUGGAUCAGUUACGUGCCUUAGUAGAAGCUGCAGACAAAGAAAAAGUGGAGCUGCUGAAUCAGCUGGAGGAGGAGCGUAGGAAGGUGGAGGACCUUCAGUUCCGUGUAGAAGAAGCCUGUAUUACCAAAGGAGACUUAGAGACGCAGACCAGGCUGGAGCAUGCCCACAUUAAGGAGCUUGAACAGAGCCUGCUUUUUGAAAAGACCAAAGCUGAGAAACUCCAAAGAGAGUUAGAAGACACUAGGGUGGCCACAGUGUCUGAACGAUCCCGUAUAAUGGAGCUUGAGAAGGAUCUGUCAAUGCGUGCCAGAGAGGUCGCCGAUCUGCAACUACGCCUUGGAACUCAAGAGGGCCCGGAGUACGCUGUGCUUUCUCCUCUACUGGAAGAGAUUAGCUCUCUUAGAGAUCAGCUGGCUUCCCAAGAUGCUAAGCAGCAAGAAGAGCUAGCUAAACACAAGGAGAUGCUGGAGGCUCAAGAAAAGGCCCACACUGAGGCAGUGGUCCAGCUUCAGGCGACUUCAGUCAAGCUCUCUGGUGACAAAGAGCAGUUGCAGAUCUGCUUGAGCCAGGCUGAGAAAGAAAAUGCUGACAUAAUUGAAAUGUGGAAGUCAAAGUUGGAGUCUGCCGUUGCUUCACAACAGAAAGCCAUGGAGGAGCUCAAAGUGUCCUUUAGCAAAGGAGCAGAUGCCCAAACAGAAGAGCUUGUGGAAACCAAAAGUGCACUAGAGAAACUGAAGUUGGAGUACAAGUUUGCUCUUGAAGAGGCUGAAUCUAAACAUAAUGCUGACUCUUUAGCUUGGACACAAGAAACGCAGUCGCUGACGGCACAGCUUUCAUCUUUGAAUGAAGAGAAGGAGCGACUGGAGGAGUCGCUAAGGUCCAGCGUUGAAAAAGCAGAGGAGCAGCACCUUGUUGAGAUGGAAGAUGUUCUUGGGAAGCUUCACACGGUGGAACUUAGGGUGAAGGAGCUUGAGGAUAAUGAGGAAGCAUUGAAACAGCAGGCUGAAGACAAGGACAAAGAAACCAAAGAGCAGAUGGCAGAGAUGGUGGCACUUCGUAGCCAAGUGGCUCAAGGCAACCAAGAAGUUGUGACCCUGAAGAGUCAGUUAGAGAAAAUUCAGAGCCAGGAAAACGACCGGGCGUCCAAGGUUAGUGAAUUACAUUCUGUGUUGGAGGGUCAACAGAAGGAGGUCCUGACAUUACAAGAUUCUGUGAAUAUGGCCAAUCAGAUAAAGGACAAUCUGGAAAAAGAGCUUGUAGAUUUGAAACAAAAGUUGGCUGAAAGCUCAGAAGAGCAGACAAAAUCUGCUCAAACUAUGCAAGAUAUGCUGGAGAAACUGAGCGAGAAGGAUGAACAAUGCACAUCUUUGGCUAGAGAAUCAGAAUCUCUUAGAGGACAACUUGCUGGACUGGAGAGGAAAUUGAAGACUGCAGAUGAAAAGGUCGAGCAGCUUUUAAAGGACAAGAGCAAGCUUGAAAAUAUUUGCGACAUGAUGACGGCAUCUGGUGAUAGUUCUGUACAGCUGACCAAAAUAAACGACGACCUCAUGCAGAAAGAAAGGCGGCUGGAGGAGCUGCAGGGUCACCUGGCACAGGAUAAGGAGAAAGUGAUGCACUUGANNNNGCAGGAGGAAACCCUCAGAGAGCAGGAUCUGAAAGAGACCAGAGAGACAUAUGAGUCUCAGAUAAGUGGCCUUCACAAAAAGAUCACUUGUUUGGAGACAACUGUGGCACAGGGUGAGACUUCACUGGGAGAGCUGAAGGCCUCACAACAAAAGGCCAUGUCUGAAGUUUCAGAGCUCCAUGAGAAGGAGGUGAAGAUGCUGCAGAGCCAGGUUGAAACUCUGAACCAGAAGCUCACCUCCUCAAAGAACAAAAGCCAGGACCUGGAGAAGCUGGUGUCUGAGCUGCAGUUGUACAAGGAACAGGCUCAGCAUCUUUCUGCUGAGCUUGACUCCUGCAAGCAUGAUGCUGAACAAUUGUCCAAACAUUUGGGAGAAAAGAUCCUAGAUCUGGACAACCUGAUUAAAGAAAGUAAGGAUGUAAAGUCCGAGAAAAACAAACUGCAGAAAGAAGUUUCUGAUUUACACGUGAAGCUCUCCACUAUUGAGAAAAGUCACCAAGAACUUUUAGCGCAGCAUGAAGACCUGCUGAAAACUAAAGACAAGCUCUUGAACGAUCGAGAGGAAUUAGUGACAGACAACAAGCGUGCAGACGAAGAACGGAUUUCUUUGAGCAGUGAGUUGGAGAAGCUCAAAGAUCAUUUACAAGAAGUGCAUACUGAAAACAACAAACUGAGGCUCAUUAUAGAUGAACAUUCGUCAAAAAUUGAGCAACUUAAAAAACAGUGUACAGAGAAAAAUGACUUGCUUCUCAAGAACCAGCGGGACAUCCAGCAAAUCCAGGCUGAAAAGAAACAACUGCUAGAGGAUUUUAAAAAUAUCUGCAAAGAGAAUUUGCGUCUCGAAGAGGACCUCUGCGAGAGUAAGGCCAAGCUCACACAUGAGAAAAAUGAGCUGAUCUUAGAGAGAGAUGCUGCUAAAAAUGCCAAAAAGGCCACAGAUGCCAAGAACACAGAGUUGCAAGAAAAACUUAAAUCUCUGAGUUUGGAAAAAGAAGACCUCACCUUGAAGAAUAGCCAACUGCAGGCCCUCACAGAAACACUGACCAAAGAGAAGAUGGAGCAGUCCUCAAAAAUCAGUGCCUCUGUGUUGGAUAAGAAGAACAUGGAAUCAGUGAAAGAAGAACUUCAGAAUAAACUCAAGGUUACAAAAAAAGAUUUGGAAGUCUAUGUCCAUGAGUGCGAAGAACUAAAAGCUUCCAAAUUGAGCCUGACCCAAAUGCUGGAGGAGUUCAAGACUAGCAGUCAGGUGACUGACUCUGAGAGGCUCCACCUUCUGAAGGAGAAAGAAGAUUUGCUAGCAAACCACAGAAAACAUUCUAAUGAGAAGGAAGAGCUUCACAAAGAGAUAGAAGACUUGAGAGAGAAGCUUCAGUUGUCAGCAGAACAACUGACUCAGUCCAAUGAGAAAUUCAAAGAAGCACUGUCGUCAUUUGAGCAGGAGAGGCAGACGUUACAACUUCAGAACUUUGAAACUGAAAUGGCUCUGCAUGAAACCCGAAAAGAAAAGAUGAGCCUGGAUUUAUCAUUAGAGCAGCAGAAAACUGAUCUUGAGCGUUUGGAAGGGGAAAUGGAAGAAUUGGAAGAGAAACAUAGGAAAAUUGUUUCUGAGAAACAGGCUCUUUCUGUAGAGCGGGAUAAACUAGCCAGUGAUAUACGUAUAACAAAGGACCAGUUAGAUAAUUACGCCAAAGUGAAUACUGACCUUAAUCAAGAGAAGUCUCAGUUGAUAGUAAUCUUGGAGGACCACAAAGGACGCAAAGAUGACAUUAACGUAGAGGUCACCAAUUUAAGACGAGAAAGAUCUGAGCUUCAGAAUGAAAUGCAACAAUGUAAAGCAGAUCUAGAAAAUCUAGACAGGAGCAAAAAUGCACUUGUUCAGGAGCAUGGCCAGCUAAAACAAGAAUUAGAGAAGACAAAUGCACAACUCAAACAACAAGUAGAAGACCUUACAAAAGAGUGCAAGCAUUUAAAGUCCUCGCAGACUGAAGCAGACAAACAUGUGCAGGAAGAGAAGCAGAGGCUUCUCCAGGAAAUCCAGGAGUUAAAAGGUCAGACUGAAUCAGUGUCAGAGGCCAAGAACCUCCUUGAGGCUCAGCUUCAAGCUGAAUCUGGUGAACAUAGUAAAGCCAUGUCCGACAGGGAAGGUUUGUCUAAACAGGUCGAUGAGCUGCAGAAAACACUCUCCAAUCUCACAGAAGAAAAUAAAGAGAUGUCUUCUAAGCUUAAGAAAGCAGAUGAGAAAACAAAGUUGCUCACCAAGAACAUGGAGAGUUUGACGUCACAGUUGAAGAAACAAGAACAAGAAUUAAAUCAGCUGAUACUUGGUAAAGAACAGCUAUGUUACCAGUUGGCAGAAAUGGGUAAACAGAUGACUCUACUGACCUCAGAGACGGACCACCUUUUGGCCGAUAAGUGUAAAUUAGAGGAGGAUGUUUCUUCUCUCAAUGCAAUGCAAGACAAUUUGCUCUCAGAACGGUCAAGGCUGCUAGGUGAGUUGGAGAAAUUGCAGGCUAGUCAGAAACAACUGCAGGAUACUGUCAAGAAUCUCCAGGUUGAUAAGGGACAUCUAGAAAAACAGUACGAGAACUCAGUUGCACAAGUGUCAUCCUCUGCUGCUGCGAACAAUGAGAUUUCCUCCAACGUCACAGACCUGACGGCUCAGACUGAGGCCCUGCAAAAGGAGAGAGACGAAGCAAUGGGGCAAGUCGAGCAGCUGCAGUCCCAUCUCAAAAUUGCCAUUUCUAAGCAGCUUGAGGCUAUAGAGGCCUCAGGUAAGACAGGCGAGGCUCUGGAACAGCUGACAAAAGAGAAGAACAGUUUGAUGCAGGAAAAGAAUGAAUCUGUAUCUCUGCUGGAACAGCUGCAGAAUUCUAAACAAGAGACAGAGGAUCAGUUGGAAGUAUUGAAAAAAGAGAAUUCCAAGUAUCAAGAAGAUCUGAAAAAAUCCAAAGAGCAACUGUCCACCGAAAGUGAAAAAAUCAAGAGUCUGCAUCAAGAAAUCGAGGGGCUCAAAAACGCAGCUUCAGUGACAUCACAGUUCCUUCUGGCACUGCAGGAAACAAAUGACAAGCUGACACAGGAGCUUGAUAGCAGUCACAAAGGACAGAGUGAUCUCACAAAGCUUCAAGAUGAUCACAACAAACUCAAAAAGCAGUUGGAGAAAUUAAAGCAAAGUGAGUGCACCUUGAAGGAGCACUUGGAUCAGGAGAAGGCCCUCCAGAAAUCCUGUAAUAAAAAGAGUGCCUUAAUCUCAGAAAAGGAGCAGCAAGUGGAGAAACUGAGGAGUGAGCUGGAGGUUCUACGUGGAGAAAGUUCCUCAGCUAAGACACUGCAGGGGAAAGUUAAGGCCUUGGAGCGAGACAAUGCAGAUCUCCAGGACCAGGUUCAGAGACUGGAGAAGGAUUUGGCUGCAAGACCUGACACCAUCAACUUGACAGGUGAUGCAGUCAUAGACCAACUGAUAGAAGACAAGGAGACGGCAGAAAGUCAGGCAGCGAUUGAGUUUCUGAAUUCAGUCAUCGUUGACCUUCAGAGGAAGAACGAAGAGCUCAAGGGGAAACUGGAGACAAUGGCUGCUGCCGCUCUGAAUGGGAAUAAUCCCAGUGAGAUGGAUAACUAUGACGGCCAAGGGGAGGAGCCUGUGAAGAAGAAGCCUCCACCCAGGCUGUUCUGUGACAUCUGCGACUGCUUUGACCGCCACGACACAGAGGAUUGUCCUACACAAGAGCAGAUGCCUGACUCACCUCCUCACACAACCUACCACGGCAAUAAGGACGAAGAACGGCCCUACUGUGACAUCUGCGAGGUUUUUGGCCACUGGACCGAUACCUGCAACGAUGACCAGACCUUUUAAAGCCUUUUUAAAUCCUAGUUCGCACAAUCACUCUAUUUGCACAUGAUGUUUGACCCCAGGGUUGAUACCAUGGGGUUAAAGGUGUGUGUGUGCACGCGUGCGUGCAUUUUUUGUGCUUGUUUUUGCCAAGUGUCUUUAUUGUCCACGUCAACCCUAAAAGCAUUCAUAACACACAGCAGUAGAAGGUCAGUGUUUGUGGGGGUGGAUGAGCCUGAGCUCACACAGUUGAAUUGUUUUUUUUUUAGUUUGUCUGAGUGGAAUUCUGUGGGCGGAGAAUCAAUAGUUUACACAUCAUUUAAUUUAUCAAAAUACUAUUGUUGUUUGCACAGCUUGUCGGGGACUACAGAUAUAAUAUAGUAUCAUUAAAAGGUCUUGAAACUGUAAAUGACUUAAAGACAGAUAUCACUCUGUGCAAAUGUUGCUGAGCUAUAGUUUUAUUUUUUUAUGCCUGGAAUCAUAAUGUACUCUUAAAAAGGUUUGAUAUCCUUGAUGUGCAUAAUUACGUGUGUGGGGGAGGACUUCUUGAUGCUCACUGUUACAUUGUUAAGUGCAGCAGUUUAAAUCUUAACUUUUGUUUUUUGUCAGUUUUGAUUAAGCUACUGCCAGAGAAUUGAGAAGUGGUUAAUGCCUAAAACACUUCCAGCUGCCUGUAAAAAACCAAACAUGGGUUCCAGUGAAAUGGCCUUUUUUUAAACAUUUCUCAGCAUUGGCUAAAAAAUCCUCCUGUGUGGACAAAUGAAAUGUUUUCUUUAAACCAAGGUUUUAAAUAUCUUUCAAAAUAAAUGAGUUAUGUAUAAAAUAAAAUUCUGAUAAACAUUUAAUA